AUGCUUGCUGAAAAGCUAGAAGCCCUGUUCAGCUGUUUCAUCCAUACUGGGAAUCAUCAGCAGUGCGCAUCUCACGAAUCUCCGACGGGUCCGGAACAGGCCGCUCAUAUAUAUGUCCUGUCUAAGUGCGAGUUGAAUCACACUGCUGAUCAGCCACUCGUGGCCGAACGGUUAAAACUACUAGCCGGGAUGUCGCGGGUUCGAGACUCUCCGGAGUUUCGGACUUACUCAAACGCAAAACCUCAAGAAGAAGUUAUCGGUUUAAAUCUAACAAACAUAGUCAUCACAGAUAUCAAUAUAACAUCAAAAUUUGUCAACUUUGUUUGCAAAGAAAACAUGCAGUAUCCCAAUAAACAAGAGCCACAAACACCAAAAUAUGCUGAAGGAUUCCUCUCAAUACGUGGAUUUGUACAAACAAUUGUGUUACGACGAUUCCUCGUGAAGUGUUGCACUUGUCCUGGGAGCUAUUCAGUGCAUUCGGGCUAUCAGACUACUUUGCUGAUUGCACGAAAUGGGUUUCCGAUCGAAAAGGCCAUCAAAAUAUGGAUUCGAAAGGCUGCCAGAUCACCCUUACGCAAAGUCCCGGCUUUUGUCAAAUUCCACAUAAAUAUUGCGAUCCCAGACUACAAAUAUCUAACAGAUCGCAACUAUUCAACCAAAACAUUCAGAAAAACCAGCUUCCGAGUAGGAGUGCAAUAUAAUGGAUUCAUCAUUUGGAAACAGACAGACACACAAGGUCAACGCGUUAAUUUGGAAUUUGACGUGUUGUGUGACCAAGGUGCACGAGUCAACCGUGAAAUGAAAUGUCUUGGCUACUCUGACCAUUCAUCGGCACAACCAAACAACCAGAUCCAAACAGCACGCUGA